AGUGGGGUUACUUUAGUCUAGACGUCAGAUAAAUUUACAAACAUUGCUUGUUUGUAAACACCACAGGUAAACACUAGAUAACUGAAUUGUUUGAAAACAGUGUGUUUGUUAUCCCCAAUAGGGAAUGCUCCCUUGAUUAAACCUAGAUAUUCAAGCAAAAUUGCUCCUAAGUGGCGGAAAUGGAGUCCCAAAGGUUGUUGCCCCUCAAAGACGUCAAAACUGAGGAUCCUUUUCCCGAGGAUUGGUCAGAUAGCGAUAGCUCGUACUCAGAUUCUGAGUCGGACAGCGUGAUACCCGAUUGGGAACCGUUUGUUGAUGAUUUUUCGGGUGAGCUGCUUUACAUCGAUUGCCAUCCCUUUGUCACGAACAACCGCUUCAAAAGCAAGGUUGAGGAAGAGCCGGAUCCUUUCGCCAAGUCGCAACUCAGAAGAAGCACCAGAGGCAAGUUUCUGCGGCUUCUCAGACGGCGCGAAAGCAAGCGAGUGAAAAAAAGCCAAAAGCCGUUGGAAGAUGGCCUGGAAAUCAACACCCAAAAGGUGAAGUUCCAAGACUUUCAAGAGGGCGAAGAAAAGGAGGUGACUUUGGAAAUAGACCGAGCCAACAGGUACAAUCUCUCGAGCUACACGUCAUUGGCUGAAAGCCUUCUCGGGCUGAUUAUCAGCACUUUAUCUGAUGGAAACCGCGUCAUGAUUGCCGGCUUUUCCUACGACAGCAAGGCGAAGAACGAGCGCAACAUCAAAAUAGGCGACUGGCUGAAGUCAAUCAACAGCAUCGAGGUGAACGUGCACAAUUUGGACGACAGUUUGCAAAAGUUCAUCAAUCACGAUGAGGUGGUGCUUACCUUGCAAAGAGUGGCAGCAACUGAGGUAACGAAAGAUCCGCCAAUCAACACGCUGAACAUGGAGUCGGCCUUUGUUAGGGACUUGCUGAACGCCAAACUGGAAGACAAUCAGGCGCUGCUUCCGAAGAUGUGCCGUUUCCCUGUUGGACUGGUCUAUAUCAAUAUAGAUAAGCUGGAUGAGAGCAACAAGGCAAAUGAGGACAUCAUCUACUGCUUCCCCAAGCCGGCUCAGAAGAACCUUCUGAGUUGCGCCCGAGGGAUGUUUAUCACCCUGAGCCACCUAGUGGAAGACAUUACAAGCACUCCGUCUAGGCUCAGCUGCAUCAUGCACAAGGAUAAGCUGCUGCAUGUGGUCUACACGAGGCGCAGCUCCAGAUUGCUGCUGUUUAUGCUGCCAGACGAGCGCGCCAGCUCAAAAGAAGUGGUGCUGAUGAACGCUGAGCUGCUGAGUUUUUUGGAGUUUACUUUUGGGGAUGUCGACCGCGGCCUUUCCGAGCAGCAGGAUCAGGUUGAUUUGGUCCUGUUCAGGUACUUUGCUAAAUUGAUCUGUAAUGACGACUGGACAACCAUCGAACAGUUCCUGGAGUACCAGCCCAAUCUCUCACCCAAUCCGAACAGCUGCAGCUUCGAGGGCAUUAUGCCGGUGGUGCCCACUUUGAAGCUGCACGACGAGGCGAUCACGCAACUGGACGAAGCUUUGACUGAGCUGGAAGCGAGCGACUACCGAGAAUGGAACGAAGACCCGCUGGAUUGCCAGCGACUGUUCACUAUACUAGGAAGCGCGCUGUUUCACUCCGGCUAUCUGCUUCACUCGCAUUUGAUGCAGGAUGACCUGGUAGACGUUUUCACGUUCUGCAAGCUCCAAGGCCUGGUCCAUUUGGCUAAAACGGAACCGGUUAAGUCGCUGGUGUUAUGGAAGGAGGUGUACCCCAAGUCCUGCAAGGUGCAGGGUCUGGAUGAUGUCCAUAUUCCAGAGGGGCGCCGGUAUCUGCUAGUUGUGGGGGCUGGAAAGGAUGUUUUGACCGUGAUAAUGGAAGCAGGGGGCGCAACGGAGCCUUCAGAAGAAAACAUGGGGCCUGACGCCUUCUACGUAGAGGAGGCGCAAGCCACACUAGCGCACGUUCAGGCGCUGGGGCUCGGGGUGGUGGCGGAGCGCUUUCUGGCCGCCAACGGCGGCUUCCAGCUUGCCGCCCCUCUUCCGCCAGUCAACAAGAAAAAAAGCGACUUUAUCGGCUCUUUGGGGUUCUCCAAGAGCAGCCCCACGCAGUCUCAGCUAAAAGAUCCUUCGGUGCCUGCCGCCAAGAAAAGCGAGGUGAUUUCCAUUCUGAAGCGCCGCAGCUCCGAUCAGAACGUCUUGGCGGCGCCGCACGAGGACGCUUUUGAUGCCUACUCUGAGGCGUCCAGCCAGAGCUUCAGCGACGAGUCGCUGAGCAGAAACCGCAACCUCAAAUACGAUUCUGAAGAGGAUUCCGACUUUGAUGACUAUGGGGAUGGCAGUCAGAUCAGUAGCAGCAGCUGCGAUUUGUCGGAGAUUCGGCAGUCAUUGCUGUCCGAUCAGGGCGGGUUUUUGCCGGUGCAACUCACCUGCGGCAGGCACAACGUGCUGUUUCACUUCGUUCAACUGGACAGCACUGAAGGUAUGCUUGUUACGCCACUGGAAUGCAACCUUCAGUACGAAAUGUACCCCCUGAUAAUGAACAAUUUCCGACGGUGCUGCCAGAACAUCCACGAUCUCUUCCAGAGCACUUUGCGCUUCAAGAGCCUGCCCGCUCAGGAUAUCGCCAAGUCCUUGAUGAACAAAAGCCUGAUUGCCAUCAAGGAGUACGGGAUGUUGUUUGAGUGUCCGACCAGUGCAGAGCCGAAACGGUCGAAAAUCGCCUACUGGGUUAUAGGGCGGCUGUUCUAUACGCCUCAUCCCCAGGAGCUUUACGUAUGCUAUCAGGACUCGGUACCGCAGAAUCUUGUGGAUUUUGCCUUUAAAAUCAGUCUGAAUUCCGUCGUUUGAUUGGUCAAUCAAUUAUUAUUUUUUAAAUUAAAUUGCUUUGGAACAAA